AGUAAUCUGGUUUUGUAGUAAAUUACAAAUGGGUACAAACAUAAACAUUGAUGAUGAAGAGGAAAGGGAUGAUGAAUUGGUGGUAAAAAUACAAAGACAUCAGUAGUAGUAGUAGUCGUCGGUAGCAGUCGACAAUUCGCUCUAAUGUCUAAACAACAAAUCCAAAUCCAAAUGCUUCCUUUCUUUUCAAGACUCUCCCUCUCGCAUCUCGACGCAUCAUCGCUCAACAAUCUUUUCCGCUGAGCCACCAACAUCACAUUUUCACUUGCCAUUUUUUCCUAUUCUAUCAUCAACAUAUAUUUUUCCUCCGCCCACAAAUUCCUUUUACCAAGUAGAGAAUCGAAUUGAAGAAUACUGGUGAAAACGAGACGAAUGGAUCCUCCUACCUCUUGGGAUUCCUUGCGUAAACAGGCAAGGAAACUUGAAGCCCAGCUGGAUGAGCAGAUGCAUUUGUAUCGUAAAUUAGUAUCAACAAAAGUUGAUAAUUCUAACGAUAAUGAUCUCGAGUCGGGAAUUGAUCAGCUUUUGAAACAGCUUCAACAAGUAAACGUGCAAAUGCAAGCUUGGGUUUCAUCUGGAGGAUCAGAAAUUUUUUCUCAUACAUUGACUCGGCAUCAAGAAAUUUUUCAGGAUCUUAUGCAGGAAUUUAAGCGACUCCAUUCCAGUCAGAGAGCCAAGAAAGAGCACGCAUCACUGCUUGAAGAUUUUAGGGAGUUUGAUCGAACAAGAUUAGACCUCGAAGAUGGUGGUGGUUCCUAUGAUCAAGCUCUUCUUAAGGAGCGUGCUUCCCUCCAUAGAAGUUCCGGCCAGAUGGACUCUCUGAUAUCACAAGCACAAGAGACCUUGAAGUCCCUUGUGUUUCAGCGUUCAACAUUUGGGGGCAUCAACUCAAAGCUUAGUAAUGUUGGCAGCCGCCUUCCCACAGUAAAUCAUAUUCUCUCAGCAAUAAAGAAGAAAAAGUCCAUGGACACCAUCAUACUCUCCUUAGUUGCAUCUGUCUGCACGUUCCUGAUUUUAAUUUACUGGUGGACCAAGUAGGUGCUAUUUCCAGUACACUGCUGGAGCCAUGUGAGGUGAUCUACGCUGGGUAUAUUAUUUGUAGUUGUACAUACCGUAUUGGCUGUCACUUGGUCAUUCGUUUUGUUACAUUUUGUGAUGGUAUGUCAGAUGAAACUAUUGAGCUACCCUGGCAGUCGAAGAAUCUAUAUUAUAUUUGUUUCUCAUAGGUCUUGGAGGAAUCUAGGAAGUCACUGUUCAUGUGCAAAGAUUACAUUUGAUUUUGCUAGAAUUUAUUCAACUUACUUUAGACUAUGGUCAAUGGUCGAGGUAUGCUAUUGAUUUGUUCGUAAAUGACUAUGAAUAUGAACAUUCGUGUUUUUAUUGCUGUUGCAUGUCAAUCUUGUAAA